AUGUCUGAUUCCGCCAUCGCCACUGACUUUAAGCGUCUCGACGACUGGAUCGACGAUCAUUUCGACGAGGAGUUACAGUUUCUACAGAAGCUAGUGAGGGCACCGACCGAUACUCCUCCCGGUAACAAUGCCCCACAUGCGGAGCUCACAGCCGAGUUGCUGCAAAGCUUCGGCUUCGAAGCCGAGCGCCACCCAGUGCCUGAAGAUAAGGUCCUUGCUUACGGCAUGAAAUCCAUCACGAAUCUGAUCGUGCGCCGCAAAUACGAUGAAUCUGGCCGUACAGUGGCUCUCAAUGCCCAUGGCGACGUAGUCCCGCCGGGCGAGGGCUGGACACGCGAUCCUUACGGCGCAGUUAUCGAGGACGGCGUAAUGUACGGCCGUGCAACUGCCGUCAGCAAAAGCGACUUUGCAAGCUUCACUUUUGCGGUUCGUGCCUUGGAGUCACUGAAAGCUCCACUGCGAGGCUCAGUUGAGCUUCACUUUACUUAUGACGAGGAGUUUGGCGGCGAACUCGGCCCCGGCUGGCUGCUGAGCCAGGGGCUAACUAAGCCUGACCUCCUGAUUGCUGCUGGGUUUUCAUAUGAGGUGGUGACCGCACACAAUGGUUGUCUUCAGAUGGAAAUCACCGUUCAUGGCAACCAAGCUCACGCCGCCAUUCCCGACAGCGGUGUUGACGCGCUUCAGGGUGCAGUGGCUAUUCUUAACGCGCUCUAUGCGCUCAACAAAGGCUACCGAGAGGUGCGGUCUGAAGUAGCUGGCAUUACUCAUCCUUAUCUUAACGUUGGUCGUAUCGAAGGCGGUACGAAUACAAAUGUUGUGCCCGGUAAAGUGGUGUUCAAGCUCGACCGCCGCAUGAUUCCGGAGGAAGACCCGGCCGAAGUGGAGACGGAAAUCCGGCGAGUAAUUGGUGACGCGGCUGCUGGGAUACCUGGCAUCUCAGUGGAUCUCCGGCGCCUGCUCCUUGCGAAAUCAAUGCGUUCCCACCCUGGCAACCAGCCACUGGUGGAAGCGAUUCAGAAACACACUGGGGAGAUCUUCGGUCAGCCGGCGCCUGCGACGGGUACCCCGCUUUACACCGAUGUACGGUUGUAUGCGGAAGCCGGAAUACCCGGUGUCAUCUAUGGCGCCGGCCCUCGCACAGUCCUAGAGUCCCAUGCUAAGCGGGCGGACGAGCGGUUGCAGCUCGAUGAUCUAAGACGUGCUACGAAAGUCAUCGCCCGCAGCCUACGUGACCUGUUGGCCUAG